AAUGAAUCCAAAUACACCAUUCAACGAACGAUUUGCUAAAAUCUCUGAAAAACUCAGUUCAAUCCAAUUACAUCACGAUAGUUCUAAGGCUCAUCGUAUUGAUGUCAUUUGUGGCCGUGUCUCUGGUGUAGAAGAAAGAAUCCAAGAUACAAUCACAUCAUAUAACAGAAAACUUGUAUAAAUUUAAUCUCAUUUUAGCAUUCUCUAAAAGAUGAAAUAGUGAGAUUGUAAAAAUAGAUUGAGGAAGAAAACAAUGCAUUUGAAACUCAGUUUGAAUAAAGAGUGAGAGAAGUUGCUGCUUUUGAGAGUCGUAUAACGACUAAAUUGGAAUAAGAAAUUUCAAUUAGAAAGGAUGGUAACCUUAAAUUAUAAGGCUAUUUGGAUGAAAAAGUAAUGAUCUAUAACAUUUUUAGGUUGUCUAUCUAAAGUCAGAUAUUUAAACAGAGAGUAAAAUUAGAUAGGAAUAAAUUGAAAAUAUCACUACUUCUUUAGAGAAUGAUUUACCAAAGCUAUAUGAUUUAGUGAAGACAGAAGGACAAGAUAGAGAAGAUAGUGAUAAUGGAACUUUAAGAAGAGCAGGAGAUGAAAUCAAGAGAUUAAAUGAAGGAUUAGGUAAUUAAAAGAAAUUGAGGUAUUGAUAUUAAAUAAAAUAAUUAGAGAGGAGAGCGAAUCAGCAAUAUUUGAGAUGCUAAAAGAUCUGGUUUCAAGAGUAAAGAGUGAAAUAGAGGAAGAAAAGAAGUUAAGAGAAGAAAGCUAAGAGAAUUUACUAGGUUUGUUGGAAGAUGCAUGCAAUAAAAUUUACAGAGCAGCAAAAGAUUGA